AUGAAAUGGUGGAUACGAACAGUGAGACCUGAAAAUUUUAAUGUUUUCAUACUACGCAAUCGAGUCUCCAACUCAAUCGAGGCAUAUCAUCGCGUUCUUCGCAAAAGAAUUGGAACGCAUCCAUCGAUCUGGCAAUUCACAGAAUCUCUCAGGAAAGUCCAAGUCGUAACUUGUACUGAGAAGACAGCACUCGCUCGUGGAAAACCAGUGAGACGACCUCAAGCCACAAAAUAUAUCAAUCGAGAAAAUAUAUUACAAAGGGCUUGGCAAUUAUACCGAGAAGGAGCCCUAGACAUUGCAGCGUUCCUAGGAUGUUCGAAUCAUUUCCUCCGUGCCUUCAACAACAAAUUAUUGCUCCAUAAUGCGCAGCAAGUCGACUACUUCGCUACAAUCCAGGAGCACAUUGUCGGAAUUCCACCCACUGGACAUGAAAUCCAAGCAGUCAGAGCCGAUCAAUUAAUUGCAGAAAUCCACAUAAAAAAUUUCCCAACUGCAAAUGAAAUCAUUGAAAUCUUGUUGUUGAGAAGACUAGAUGUAUCUAUCUGUGAUUUGUGCAAUAAUUCAGUCACUGAAUAUGUUGCAUCACCAUGCAGACACUGGUUUGGUUGUCAAAAUUGUACACUGCUGUACGUUCAGACGUCUCUGGAGGUGAAUGCCAUUUUGAAGUGUCGGUGGUGUCUCCAGGAGUGUCGUGCAUUCAAACGUGUUUAUAUUACGUGAACAUCUCUUCGGGGAAGGGAAAUUCUGGAAGGCAUGUUCAGGAAAAAGUCUCAAGAAUAUUCAUGCAGUUAUCAUAAGUACUUCACGGUUCUCACUUAUCUUGUACUAUUUCUCCCUCAUUCAAUAAACGGAACAAACAUGUAUCUCAUUUGUUCGAUUGGUCAAAAACCCCAAUAGAUUGAAAAUUCCAAUAGAUUCUUAUUCAAUAACAAAAUAUACAAUCAA